CUGGUUUGGUUGUCAUGGCGACGGCGCGGUUGGCCUGGGCCUUGCUGGCCACCCCUGCUGGCGUGAGGCUGCGCGGCCCCCGAGGCACUGGGGACGCCCGGAGGCUCAGCGGCAGCGCGCGGCAGCGGGCGGCCAGGGGCACCAGUCCGGGACGCCGGCUCAGCACCGCCUGGGUGCCGGCCCAACCCACCCGAGAGGAGGCCGAGGGCGCCGCCCACUUGCCUGCAGCGGAGAAGCCGUUGUGGACGCCGCCCCCCGCGCCUCCGGUGCCCCCCGACUCCCCCGGGCCCCCGGCCGGCCGCUCGCUGGUGCAGCGGGACAUCCAGGCCUUCUUGAACCAGUGCGGGGCCAGCCCCGGAGAGGCGCGCCACUGGCUCACUCAGUUCCAGGCCUGCCACGACUCUGCGGACAGGCCCUUCGCCGUCAUCGAGGUGGAUGAGGAGGUGCUCAAGUGCCCUAAGGCCGUAUCCAGCCUGGCCUUCGCCCUGGCCUUCCUGCAGCGCAUGGACAUGAAGCCGCUGGUAGUCCUGGGGCUGCCCGCUCCCACGGCGCCCUCGGGCUGUCUUUCCUUCUGGGAGGCCAAGGCACAGCUUGCCCAGAGAUGCAAGGUGCUGGUGGACGCCCUGCGGCACAAUGCAGCCACUGCCGUGCCUUUUUUUGGCGGCGGGUCGGUGCUGGGCGCCGCUGAGCCAGCCCCUCAUGCCAGCUAUGGAGGUAUCGUCUCCGUGGAGACUGACCUGCUACAGUGGUGCCUAGAGUCGGGAAGCAUUCCCAUCCUGUGCCCCAUCGGGGAGACAGCCGCGCGCCGGUCCGUGCUCCUGGACUCGCUGGAGGUGACCGCGUCCCUGGCCAAGGCGCUGCGGCCCACCAAAAUCAUCUUCCUCAACACCACGGGCGGCCUGCAUGACAGCAGUCACAAGGUCCUGAGUAACGUGAACUUGCCCACCGACCUGGACCUGGUGACCAACGCCGAGUGGGUGAGCACCAAAGAGCGGCAGCAGAUCCGGCUCAUCGCGGACGUGCUCAGCCGCCUGCCCCAUCACUCCUCAGCCGCCAUCACCGACGCCAGGAUGCUGCUCACCGAGCUCUUCAGCAACAAGGGGUCCGGGACCCUGUUCAAGAACGUCGAGCGGAUGCUGCGAGUGCGCAGCCUGGACAGCCUGGACCAGGGCCGCCUAGUGAACCUGGUCAACGCCAGCUUCGGCAAAAAGCUCCGGGACGACUACUUGGCCUCGCUGCGCCCAAGGCUGCACUCCGUCUACAUCUCUGAGGGGUACAACGCGGCCGCCAUUCUGACCACGGAGCCCGUACUGGGGGGCACCCCGUAUCUAGACAAGUUUGUGGUGAGCUCCAGCCGCCAGGGCCAAGGCUCCGGCCAGAUGCUGUGGGAGCGCCUGCGGCGGGACCUGCAGACGCUUUUCUGGCGCUCCCGGGUCACCAACCCCAUCAAUCCCUGGUACUUCAGACACAGUGACGGCAGCUUCUCCAACAAGCAUUGGAUCUUCUUCUGGUUUGGCCUGGCCGACAUCCGGGACUCUUAUGAGCUGGUCAACCAUGCCAAGGGGCUGCCAGACUCAUUCUGCAAGCUGGCUUCUGACCCAGGCAGCUGACCCUCUCUACCGGCCCUGCAGGCCCUGGGACAGCCAGGGUGAACCAAAAGCCAUGCCUGCUGGAGGUGACCUGAGGCAGCCGCAGGCCAGACCAGGCUUGUUGGCUGAGUGAUCUGCAGAGGAGGCAGCAGCCCCGACUCUACCCUGCCCAUAGGGGGGCACCCAAGUGAAGACAAGUGCAGGAAGGAAACGGGCCUGCCUGAGAACCCCUACUUGCUCCAAAGCCACAACCAGAUGGCCCUGAAUUUUCAGUCUAGGGAUUUGGGGGGAGGAGGGCUUGCCUUCGAGGGCUCUACCCAAGGCUUAAUGGUGGGUCAGUGUCUGCGGCCUCUGUGCUGUUUUGAGGCCCCCAUGCCCAAAAUAUCACCCACAUCUGCCUGAUAUUCCACCAUUCAUUUUAAUUCCUUCGGAUCUUGCAACUUUUCAGGAGGUCUUGAUUAAAAUGAAAAUACUUGUCUGAAA